AGGCCCUCCUUGUAAAACAGUAAAGUUAGUUGUGUAUGAUUUUUUCGAUGUCUAAAGGUACGAGUACAACAAUAUUCACCCCCUCACCUCCGCAGCAUUUGAAGUUGUUCUAGCGAUCAUUUAUUUCUACCCUGCCGAUCAGUUUUUUCUUUUCGCAAGAGAUGCUUGCAUUUUCUUUCCAUUAUGAUGCGCACAAUCCUGCUGACCACCCGUCUGCUCCGCCGUGGUCGGUGUCCUCUCCGUCCGGCUCUGCACCUUGAUUCAACAGACCCGACAACAGUAGAUCGCGUGCCAAGCUGCACAUCGACCGGAGUCGCCUUCGCUUGUUUCCGUCACCUGAGUAGUACUUAAGUGCUGCUGGUGCUGUGUAGUUCUAGUUUCCACUACCCUCAUCAUCAUCAUCAAUCUCCACAACCAUGACUGGCGUCAUCGAGUCUGUCGUUAUCGGCGGCGCGGCCUGGGGCGCCCUGGAGACGUACCGGGAUACCAACGAGAAGAAGAAGCAGCAGCGGAAGCUGAUUCAGGAGCUGUUCGCGAAGUUUUUCCAGAAGGACUUUGAAGCCGUAUGCAUUGCAAAUAUGUCUGGGUUAGGGAACUUGUAAUUCUAGUUUGUGCAUGGUGGGCACACUGCGUUACGCAGCCACGCAUGACAAGUUUCUUAGCUCCUAUGUGUUUCGCCUCCCGCAUGACAAACUGCGUUUUUGCAUGACAGGUAAGAGGCUGCUUUCCUGCUCAUGCAUGAUAGAUUCCAGAGUCAUGCGAGACAAGCAUGACAAACUUGCAUUCUUCCAGACCCAGACAUUUUGACAUUUGAUAAGCCGUCGCGCCGGACAAAACGACGCAUUUAAGGACGCUGAAAUCAGGCACCGACACCGAUGUGAUCUCCGCCUACCAUUUCCUCCACCACUACCAAUACCAAAUGCAAAUAUGUCUGGGUCUGGAAAGAUGGAACUUGUAAUGCUGAUCUUGCAUUCCUGUGAAAUUUGUAUUGCGCGACCAACAAUAAAAGUGGUAGAAGCCUCUCGUGUCACACAAAAACGCAGUUUCUCACGCGGAGUUCGUAUGGGAAAGCGUUCUGCAAACUUGUCAUGCUGUCCUGCAUAAGGAAGUGUUUUCCUCUUGCACAUUUUAGCAUCACAAAUUUUCAGACCCAGAGAUAUUUGCAUUUGAUAACCAAGAGAAGAGGACGAAAAAUCUACUGCAGGAAAUCUGGUCCGGGGGGGAGGAAGCGCGGAACGACACGUUGACCCUAUCGCAAGAAAAAACUGUUUCACUGUAAACUUGUGAUGCAUAGAACGGAACGCGAAUGUGUUUGUCUUGCUACACAUGCAAGACAUUGGAUUUUUAGCUGUGUUUUCCCUUAGGAAGCACGCAUGCCAAGUUUUCUUUGUCAUGUGUAGCAAACUUGUGAUGCAGAUCUUGCAAAAUCAUCACGGUGAAGCAGUUUUUUCGUGGGAUAGACCAUGGUGACAGAGUACUUGAAGCAGUGGCUGCAGUCGUUGCCCAAGGCGAACGAGAUUAAAACGACGAAAACGGAUUAUGAGAACGUGGUGGAGAUAAAAAACCACAUCGAAUUCUCCCGACAGUUACUGAUGCGCCCGAAGUUGUUUAAAAACGGGAAGGAAAACAAUUUUGGCGUUGCGAUAGCGCAUUUUUCCGAACAUGUGGAAAAGUUUUACAACAAGAUCAACACAUCGACUGUCAAUACGAGCAACGUUCUGGAUCAGAUUCUGACCAUCGGCAAGGAGUUGAUAUCGCAGUCGUGUUUGCCGAUCAUGCUGUUCACUAUCGCCAACGUAGUUUCCGACGACAAACAGCUGCCCUGCUUCGACGCGGUCACCUUGGUCCAGGCGUUCCAGCAAGAUUGCGAUCGGGUCCGGAAUGUAGGAAGCAGCGCUUCAGGUGCAGCUGGGGACCAACAGGGCUCCUCAAUUACUGGCGUAACUUCAUCAUCUUCCAGAAUCGCAAAGAAAGACAAAAAUGGUGCCCCAUCGACUAAAAACCUCGCGAAGAAUGUUCUCGCGUGGCACACGCACGUGGGGAAGUUGUUGUAUCUGUUUCUGCGCACCAACCAUUUUCGAAAUCUGAUGGAAACCGCAGAGGGGAUAUCGCACCCGGACGAAUUUCCACAAUACCAGCCGGGAAUGAUGAUGAACAAUUUAGAAAACGGAACAGCAGGUGGAACACUUCCCCUUCAGCUGCAGAAUGGUGCAACUCGCGACAUUUCGAACACAAACACGGAUCAAACAGAUCAAAGUUCUACUGUCAACAACAACAACACUUCUUCCCCCUCGAGAAACAAUAACAAGAACCAUCAAGACGUAGAAGAGGACUCCGAAUACCCCUGUUAUCUGAACGAAGCGGACAUAAACGGAGACUACUUACCCGGGUACAACUUUGAGCCGACUUCAAUGGACAAAUUAAGGGCGGAAAAUCUGAAGAAACAAGAACAGCUCGACCUGGACGGUGGUGGUGACCACGGCGAUACGACAGGAGAUAAUUCUCUAGGUGCAGGAGCGAACAAAGCAGCCAACAUCCUCCAAGACCUUUUCUACCGCAAGCCAGACCGACAGAAAUUCGACCAACUUCCCCCCUUCAAGGAGUUUCUCAACGUCGUGAAACGCGCUUGGGACGUGCACUUGGAAUUCGAAGAAUCGGGCUUGUUACCGAAAUACCGGCACCAGGCGUCGGGAAUAUUGCUUGUGGCACAGAGUUCAAGCAGUGGCGCAUCUUCCAUCAACGCCGACCCUGCUUUGAUCGUCCGGACGCAGUACCUGGAUUUUUUCCGAAAGUGCGACGACUUAGUGUAUUUUCUGUCCAUCCUCCAGAUUUACGCACGGUUGUCGGCUUUGGGGGGCGAUCCUCUGAUCUGCUAUUUGUACUCCACGGUGCAGCAUUUGCUGCACGAAAUGGAAAUUUUGCUGACCGAACUGUACCGGAUAGCGGACCACUUAUGACAGUGCGCAACUCGUCUGCCUCCCCCUCAUUUGUAUAGCAUGGCCGGCAAUACAAGCAUCAGCAAGAAUGCCUGUUCUGCAUGACAAAUCUACAAUGGAGUAUACGUAUAGUGCUAUAAUUUGGGCUACCAGAACUUGUCAUGCAAACAGUGCCAAGAGGCACAUACUGGAUUUGGGAUAAUUUUGCAUGACAAAUGAGUGGGAUUGGGAGUUGUGCGCUCUCAUACCACCUGAGCGAAAUCGCGAAGGAGACGCUGCAGGAAUUCGCGAAAAACCCCAGUCAGUACUCGAAGGAAUCAGAUUUGCGGUACAUGCAAUUACUGCAAUUUUUGGAUUUCGAGUCUUUCAAGCAAAAUCACAAGAAGCUUUUCCUCUUGUUCACGGAGCUCCGCUCGUUAUCCGCGAACGAAAGAAUCCCGUAUCUGAAGCAAAGCAUCGAGGCGAAUUUGUCAGUGUUGGCGAGUUAUCAAAUGCAAAUAUGUCUGGGUCUGGGAGACUCCGAUUUUGUCAUGCAGUUUUUCCAAGCUCCCCCACGCCUGGAAUGCAGGGCCUAGCAUCACAGGUUCUGCAGCUCCUUGGUGAUGCGUAUUCUGCAUGAGAAAUGCCCUCUCAGCAUGGCCAGAAGUGGGCACCUUUUGGACGUUUAUGCAUCACAGAUCUUUGUAGGAUCCGAAACAUGCAUCACAAGUUCGGAUCCUUCCAGACCCAGACAUAUUUGCAAUGCAUACGAGUACCAUGCAGUCGGAGAACUUCCAGACCCGGUGUGCUCUACCCGUCGGAAACCUCGAGGCCGGGUUUGGUUUGUCGUUGACCAAUAUCAAAUAAAGUAAAAAUGUCUGGGUCUGGAAACUUGUGAUGCUGGGCGGCGUCUCAUGAUGAGGCUACGAUUACUGGCUCAGCAUGACAAGUUUCUGAGCUCCUAGGUGUUGCCUAUUCUGCAUGGCAAACUGCGGCUCUGCAUCACAGAGAAACGGAGCUCUUGGGUAACGUGCAUGACAGAUUUAAGAGUCAUGCCAGACAAGCAUGACAAACAUGAAUUCUUCCAGACCCAGACAUUUUUGCAUUUGAUAACCAAUCAGCAGAGAAUCGGGAACAUGCUGAGUGACAUGGUGGGCGAGAGGAGCUUUAGCAGGGAGAACAAUCAGCAACUCUCGAUGAAUCAGCAGCAGCGUUCUGCGAUAGGAAACAACUACAACAACUUCUCCCCUGCAGGACGCAGUACACCUGGUGCUGCUAGUGCAACAACUUCUAACUACCCUGCUUCAACACGCGGCGCAGUCGGAAGCUCCUCUGCAGCACACCACAUUAACACAGACCUGGAAGACGGGCGACUCAGAGCCGCGCUUUUGUCCAAGGUACAGGAGGCGGAAGAGCUGGACUACAGUGCAGGCGGAGAGAUGAAGAAACCGCUGAGCGAGAUUUCCAUGUGGGAUCCAGACGGGGGCGCGACCGGGGAAUUUUACUACGGCGAAGGGGCGGUCGAGGAUGGUUUGGUGAAAAACAGGGUGUCACAGUACGAGUCAACGAGUACCGGUGCCACGCCGACAUACGGGGGUAGAAAUAUUUCUAGCGGCGCAGCGGGAGCUGCAGAAGGACCACCUGGCGCAGCAGCUGCAUUGAGAAGUAGCAACAAUUUGUCGCCGCAAAGCCGCAGUAACAAGACCGCGGCGUCUUGCUCCUCAUCGAGUAUGCCUGUGGUUUCCAUCAAUAUUCCCCCCGAAGAGGAGAUGCGUUCCAAAGCCGCAGCAGUUGUACCAUCACAAACAGCUGCUACUGACCGCACGACAUCUACUUCGCUCAACAAACCACCAACACUCUCGACGUCGACCUCCGUCGGCGUGCAAACCGACAGCACAUUUAACGUGAAUUACGAGCAUUUAACGGCCAAGGUGACGGACUUUUUUGACCAAAACGCAAACAUUUUCACUACUUCGAUCAACUACGCGACCGACAGGAAUUUUUUCCGCAACCGAAUCAAAGACCUCAUCAAGUCUCUUCCGGAAAAAAAUUUGACUGAGAACGAAACGGCGUUUUAUCUCAGCAUUUGGAAUUUACUCGCCGACUUCGACUCGGAGGAAUCCGAUUUUCCAGUUUUAGCCUUGAAUUCGGAACGUUGGGAGAAAUUACUACUACGGACGGGGCUGAGCAAAAAGUACACGGAUGCGGUCGUGGAGAGUAUUCUCGUGGGGACAGGAAACGACAAGAAUAAUCCAAAAGGAGGAGUCGAUGAAGACGCUCAAGAAGAUUAUAACAGCACGGACACACCGCGUGGAACAACCCCCCGAGGUGUUGACAAUUUUUACGGUGGAUUUUCGCCCGGAGGAGGUGAGAUAAAAACUUCUUUAACACCACGAAGCAGAAGUGCCACAACUAGUACCAUCGACUACCCGGCCUUCGCGGCGAUUCUCCGACUCCUCGCUCACUCCCAGGAGCUGGAGCAGAAAGAGCACAACGGCGAAGAAUUCUACUUUUCCGUGCAAGAUGUGCCCUUCUACCACGCCAACGAAAGCCGGGAGCUUGUUGCCUUCUUGGAAAGAAUAUGAGAGUGCACAACUCCCCCCUGCCCUCAUUUGUGCUGCAAAAUCCUAACUGCAAUUGCUGCCUGUGCCUUGUGGCUGUGGCACUGUUUGCAUUACAAAUUUUGGAAGUCCAAACAGUACUACACUGAGCACAUGAACUCCUCAUGCACAGCAUCCACGUGUGCUGGUGCUUGUAUUGCUAUUCAUGCAAUACAAAUGAGGGGGAGGGGGAGUUGUGCACUUUCAUAAAGAACGCCACCAGAAUUAGUGAAAUUUGACAAGCUCGAGUGGAACCAAGAUUUGAAAAGACUGAAAAUUAGAGAACCGUUUUGAUAGGUUUAGAAGUGCUGAAGAGUAGGAGUGCAAGAAAAACCUCGUAGUACCCGUGCUGUCGCUGUGGCACAGACACAAGUUCUUCCGGCAUAAUGACAAAAACAAAAUCUAACGAGAAGACGACCAGAACAAGUAUACCAGAUCUGCUCACCAGGCGACAACAUGGGUGUACGUAAGAUGAAGGUCUAGAACCUGCAUCACUCCUGUACAGUCUUUCGAACGGGAAAAAGUAAAAGUGUAAAUAAAACCUGCACAACUACAAGAUAUAGGCUCAGGCGUCGGUGGUCUUUCGGUUUUUUACGCAAGGUAAAGAAAGCACGGGUUUUUAGCCGAGGAAAAAAAUCGUCGUGUUCGCAGGAAGAUCUUCUUGCGGAGAAAAUAGACUCGUCGUUCCACCACCACAUGCAUCUAAAAAUUUUCGCUUUUUCAAGAUCAAUCCAA